UAACGGGACAGGUGAUCGGUUCUCUACCGGACGAAGCCUUCCUGGUGUUGGAUGUUCACUUUUUAUUUACUUGGCUUUUCACUGUCUUGGUGAAAUUACUUUUAAUGCCAAUGGAAGUUUGUUAAAAGGUGAUCAAAUGGAUUUGAUGAGAAAAUGUGGCUGCGUGUUGGUUUUAUUCAGCGUCUCCGCGUGCGCGUCAAAGCUUCUGGGAGACAUUUACGAGCCCAGAGGCCAGCAGAUAUGCAAGCGUGGCAUGGAGAAACCCUGCUAUAAAAUCGCCUUUUUUCAAGACGCUCGGCGUAAGCUCAACUUUGAAGAUGCGAGUCGAGCCUGCAGGAGUGAUGGUGGAGAUCUUCUCAGUAUUGAGUCUAAGACUGAGCAGCGACUGAUAGAGAACUUCAUCCAUGAACUGAAAGCAUCAGAUGGAGACUUUUGGAUCGGACUCCGUAGGGAUCAAGUCCAUCAGGAGAUAAACAGAGACUGUCCUUCUCAGUACUACUGGCUGGAUGGAAGCCAGGCAACCUUCAGGAACUGGCACUGGGAUGAGCCUUCCUGUGGGUUUGAGGUGUGUGUUGUGAUGUACCAUCAGCCAUCUGCUUCUCCGGAUCAGGGUGGGCCUUACAUGUUCCAGUGGAAUGAUGACAAUUGUGAAACCAAAAACAACUUUAUCUGCAAGUACACCAAAGAUAAUCCUCCAGCACCCAUCCCUGCAGAAAAUAGAACAUCUGAAGAUCCUCUUCCAACAGCCAAAUUACCCAGAAACCCCUCUGUCACAGAGAAGGAUGAUGGAAUGAGGGUGCUCGUAUCUGAACCUCCAGACAGUGUUCUUAAUAUCGCUUACAUUGUGCUGCCAACCAUACCACUUCUGCUGCUGCUGAUUGUGGGGACAGGAGUUUUCUGCUUUAAGCUAUUCUCAAAAAGGAAGAAACAACAGACUGAGAUCCCUCCAAAGGACCCGGGAUACUGGGCCCCUGGAGAAAGAUGCAACAGCCCGAGCCCUGACGUCUAUAAUGUUAUCCGAAGGCAGCAUGAAUCAGACCUGGCUGGCACGCGGCCUGACAUCAAGAACACUUCCUUCUUGGGUUCUUCUCCAGACACUCCACCUGGAGAUUACGACAACCUGGCAGGCCGAGACACUGAAAGUGGUUUUGUGACACUGGCCAGCACUGAGAGCAGCUUUGUGACCAACGAUUUGUAUGACACACUGCAGGGCCGUGGAAGCGGGAGAUAUUACAGAGACCAGGGAUGGAUGGAUGAAUUAUAUGGCUACUGAUAUGAAAGACGGACAUCAGCAUUUAACUGCAUGUUUCAAAAGAAGACCUGGAUAUGUGUGGACUCUGGCAUUUUUGAAAAGUCCAAAAUGUACUAAAUGAAUGAGAGAUGUAUUAUUUUAGCACUUUUGAUAUACCAUUAUAGUUUUUUUUAAUAUUUUGAAAUAGAUUUUUAUUCAUAUUUUCUAUUCCAUAAAAUUUUAGCUAAAAGUUUAGCAGUUUUGUGGUAAUGUUUACUAGUUUUUAUUUAAUUAUUAUUAUUUAUUUUUUAUAUGUCAAUAUCAUUUUUAAAAAGUUUUACUUUAUAGUUUUAUAUGAAUUUGCUUUUGUUAUUUUAGUACUUAAAUGAAAAUGAG